AUGCCCUUUUUGGAAGAAUUGGCGAAUGAAACAUUGAUCCAUGUUUUAAGCUAUCUACAACUGUACGAUGUUGUACAUGGUUUUUUUGGAUUAAAUCAACGGUUCGAUUGGAUAAUAGGUUCGAUUAAUCUAUCCAUUGAUUUAUCAACAACAUGUCCCGGUUUGUUUGAUUACUGCGUAAGAUACAUAACGGAAUUUGUCGAACAAGUUGUCUAUUUAAAGUUGUGCAAUACGAAAUUUGGCUCACGAGAAGUUGAUUUAUUUAACCAUACAUUUUGUAUUGAUCAAUUCAUUCAACUUCGUUCGUUGAUUUUGAUGCAUACGAAGGAUUCAGAUGAAGUGAAUAUUCUACCGAAACUGGAUAAACUGCCUUUUCUGACGUAUUUUCGUGUUCAAACACAAAACAAGAAGAUGAAGUGUUAUGUUAAAUACCUUUUAUCGAACAAAAUGACGUCAUUAAAAACAUGCAUAUUUGAUAAAUAUAGAGUCGAUUCGACGGAUUUUAGUGGAAUAACCGUAUCCAAUGUAGAACAUUUGAAGAUAUGUUUGCUUCUCUCACAAUCCGAAUUGCUUAUGUUAUUACGUGGCUUACUUCCAAAAAUAAAAACAUUACACGUCAAUGUUCGACCAUCGUCAAUCGCAGCCAUAGAUGCUGAUAUAAACGGUGAACACGUUCCGAAUCUCUCGAGUCUGACGUUGGAAUCAGUGGAAGAUAUGCCACCCGUGUUUUUCGAAACUCUAAUUGAAAAACUAUUUCAUAUUCAUCGACUACGAGUAUUAGCAUAUAGUAUAUCGUUUCUCGAUGGACAAAAAUGGGAAAACAUUUCCAGAAAACUACCACUAUUAACGCAUUUUGAAUUAUCUGUUUCGCUCUAUAAAUCUCGGUCUAAUGUAUGGCAAGUGAAACAAAGACUGGCAAAAUUUGACAAACAAUUUUGGAAUGAAACUGGACAUCGGCUUCAUUGUUGCCUUGAAGCUUUUGCUAAAUUUAAUUCUUGUUUAACCACUCCAAAAUAA